CACGUCACCGUUUUGACUCCUUCUUUUGAAACCAUCCCUUUCUUCUGCCUAGAUGCUCUGCAGCUAUUGGGUCGUGACGCGAUUUCCGUGACCGACGCGUCACUUUGACAAAGCUCCCACUGAGGCAUAUUUCGUAGAAUGAAUCUGAGAGAGAUUGGCCUUCGGAUCUGAAAUGGGUUUCAUCGAUUUCAUCGUGUUGAUGAUGGGGUCUCUCUUUUUGUUCAAAGCUUUCGAUUUUGCUUUCUGGGUCUCCUUCAUCUGCUCCGUUUGAUUCCCCCAAUUCAGCGUUCAAAACCCUAAUCUUUUGCCAUGAGGAAGAAGCUCGAUACCCGUUUCCCUGCUGCUCGAAUAAAGAAGAUAAUGCAAGCAGAUGAGGAUGUUGGAAAGAUAGCACUGGCUGUGCCUGUUUUAGUUUCUAAAGCACUAGAACUAUUUUUGCAAGAUCUUUGUGACCGCACUUAUGAAAUAACUCUUCAAAGAGGAGCAAAGACCAUGAAUUCAUUGCAUUUAAAACACUGUGUACAAAGCUAUAAUGUCUUUGACUUUCUGAGGGACGUUGUUAGCAGGGUUCCUGACUACAGCCAUGGUCAUGGCCAUGCUGAGGCUGGUCCUGAUGAUCGGGCCAUUUCAAAAAGAAGGAAAGCUGUUGGUGAUGAUGGUAAUGACAGUGAUGAAGAGGCUAAGAGGAGCAAGAUGCAUGAGAUGAGCCACACUGGCAGUACUGGUAGGGGAAGAGGUCGAGGCAGAGGAAGAGGUCGUGGCCGAGGGCGACCACCUCUACAAAGAGAUACAUAUCAUCAGGAUGCUGAAUCUGAGCCAUGCACUUCAGUUCAGCUGGGAAACCAUCAAAAUACAAACACAAAUGUGGCAGUAUCUGGUGGUUCUGAGCCAAAGGAGAUAUCAAAGGAGAAUAUUGCAGUUGCUGCUGUAAGCUCUGAUUCUCUGCGGAAUAUUGAUCUGAACGCCAGUACAAAUGAAAGCGAUGAUAAAAAGGCUAGCACAACAGCUGAUGCCUCAUUGCCUGAACCUGAUGCCCCGUUACCUGAACCUCCAACAGAGAGCAAGCAUGAAGAAAUUCCGGGGUGGUCCCUUUCUGAUGUGGACAAGAUGGCCAUUGAUUCAAUGAACCUUGCACAACUAAGUAGGCCACUAGAAGAGGAUGAGGAAGAUUAUGACGAGGAGGAGGGGUGAAUAAUUGUCUUUGGGUGAUUAGAUUAGUGAAAUGCUCAUAACUGUAGAAUAAGUACAUACUAGUGCUAUGAUUGAGUACCCUCUAGCUCUCGCUCUCGAAACAUGUCAUGUUGGAGAUAUCUGAAUGUUCUUUUUUAUAAUCCGGUUUGUCUGUGUUAGUAUGUUUUCUUGUAGCUUUGAUGUAUCUUUCUCUUGACCAGCAAUGUUAGCUUCGUGUACUUUUAGGCCUACAAUGUAUAUCACAAUUUUAGAUGGAGUGAAAUUUAUGCAUCCAAACCAAAUUUAGUAUUGCUGAAUAACUAUUUGUUAGUCUUAGCUAAAUGUCUGUAACCCUUUUCAGAAAUUGAAACUCCACUUAUUAGCA